AUGGGAACUAAGGCCGAGGAAGCGGGAACAAUCGCGCUUUCAUCUGAGACAUUGAUAAAAGCAAAAAGCAUGAAUGGAUCCAUGGACCCAGGGCGGGUAGGGUUCUCCGAAGACCUAAGAAUAUUAAUAUACAUCGGGGAUAUUAUUAUCACUGAUCAGGGACCGGAUGCAGGGUUUUCCGGCGAGGAGCGGGCCAAGCUGGGGCUCGUCAGGGACAAGAACCGAGCCCCGCUUAUGUAUGGGGUUCGGCAGCAGGUCCAGAACUUUGAAAACUGGAAAGGCAAAGGGGAAGAGGAGGUCGUGCCCGAUGUGGAAUGGUAUGAUAUGUACGAGCAUGCAACCUGUGAUGUCUCUUCGUGUCCGUAUGACUGA